AUGCUGAAACCACCCAUGCCUGGUUAUUCAGAGGUCGUUUCUUUACUUCAAGGCUAUGAACAACGUGUUCAAUGGCAUGAACCUCAGCAUCUUGCAUUCUAUGGUCAACGACAACGGAAUCAACAAGGUAAUAACAAUCGUUUUUCUGCCCAGCAAGGCAAUAGCAAUCGUUCCCCUGGUCAUGAUUUCACCUCCCAAGGCCGAGGGUUCCAACCCACAAACACAAAUACUUCUGGAGAGGACUCAUUUCCUUAUAAAUCAGCAAAUGAACAACUUUCUGCUGGCUCUUCUAAUAUUACUGAAUUUAAUGACUGGAUUGAUACAACUAAUAUUGAUAAAACUUCUCUGUCAUUUCAGGACUCAAUAACACCUGCAUCUGGUGAUCAUUCGAAUUCACUCUCCACUCCAUCAGAUGUCGAAGUUGCCACCCAUGAGGGAUUUCAGACUCCUGAAAUCCAUCUUGACCAUGAAAGAAUCAUUUCGGAUGCAAAUGCCAACAUAGAGUCUUUAGACAGUCCUCUACGCCCCUUACCUGUGUCUCCUCCAGAUUCUUCUGCUGAACAAGAUUUGAUUGUGGUUGCUGAAACAAACUCCUUCACUGAAUCUUCAUCAGGUUGUAAUGUCGAUGGAUCAAAUGUUCCUGUUCCUCCACUACAAUUAACGGCACCUCCCACCGAACAUCAUAUGUGUUGGGUGAUAUCGGAUACUGUGGUCGGGCUGGCGGAGUAUUUUCUUGAUACUGAAGCUCAGGAGAUUGAAUUUGAGAUUGCAAGAUUGAGGCCUCGGCACAUAUAUGGUGGGCUAAACAAAGUGUCAGAGUACCGAAAGAAUGGAUUCCUUAGGAAAGAUGGUGAGUUCAUGUUGUAG